AUGGCUGCCGCAGUUGCGAACCAGCCCAAGCACGACUGGGCCGACGACGACGAUAUCGAGGAGACAUCCACCGAUCUCCCCGAGCCUCAGACUAUCUCCAACAAGGAUGGAACAAAGACCAUCAUCACAUUCCGUUACGAUGACGACGGUCGUAAGGUUAAGACCACUCGCCGAGUCCGAUUCACCACCCACACCGAGACCGUAAACCCCCGCGUCGCCGACCGAAAGACAUGGCCCAAGUUCGGCCUCAGCCAAAAGGAUCCCGCAGGCCCUGCUCCCGACACCACUUCCGUCGGUGAGAACAUCAUCUUCCGACCAAGCGUCAACUGGCGAAAGGCCGAGAAGGAGGAGGCCACCGACACCGCUGCCCAGUCCAUGAAGGACAAGCUCAAGGACAAGCAAGUCAAGUGUCGUAUUUGCAACGGUCAGCAUUUCACUGCCCGCUGUCCUUACAAGGACACCAUGGCGCCCAUCGGAGAGAGCGGCGCUGCCGAUGUCGCUGCUGGUAUGGGAGACGAGCCUUCAGCUGCUGCUGCUGCUGGGGUCAAGAAGGGAUCAUAUGUUCCUCCUGCCCUGCGCAACGGUGGAUCUGCUGGCGAGAGAAUGGGAUCCAAGUUUGGCGAGAGAGACGACCUGGCUACACUGCGUGUCACCAACGUUUCCGAGAUGGCCGAAGAGGGAGAGCUGCGCGAUAUGUUCGAGCGUUUCGGUCGUGUCACACGAGUAUUCCUUGCCAAGGACCGAGAAACCGGCAUGGCCAAGGGAUUCGCCUUCAUCAGCUUUGCGGACCGCGGCGACGCCGUCAAGGCCUGUGCGAAGAUGGACGGAUUUGGUUUCAAGCAUCUCAUUCUCCGGGUGGAGUUUGCCAAGAAGGCUCAGUAA